AUGCUAGCGACUACCACGAUUGCUGCUAAGAAGCGAGAGUCAGAACUAAGCACAAAGGCGCUUCCGUAUGAAGGCACGCAGAAAGACAGGCCCAGUUUUGUCUAUGGUGCCGAUAAUUUGGUUACUCUGAUGAGCACCACAGACAUGAACUUUGACACACUCCACCAAGCAACUAAAGAUGACGGAGUUCCGCACAAUCCCGUUCCAGAUCAACCUCAACCCAUGCUCAAAUGUGCACCAGAAGUUGUCGACGAUUAUAUUCGGAACUUUCUUUUACGAAACGGCAUGUUACGCACGUUAGAGAUGUUCGAGUUCGAGUGGUACGAGCGCUUUGGCAACCUUAAUGACACGGAAAAGGCACCGCUUUUUCUCGUACCAGACAAUUACGUGGAGAAUGCAUCACUUCUAAACAGAAUCGAGGAGCUGGAACACAACUUGCGACGGCAUGCCGAGCUAACUACAAAGACAACAAAACAGUGGCUGCAAGCGAAGAAAGACUGUGAGUUUCACCGUAUUCACCACAGUCGUGUUGUGCAGGAGAAGAACAAACUUUCGAAGCUGCUUAAGCAAUCACAUCGGCACGCUGAGGGCAUCAACCCCACGAUUGUAGAAUUGCGACAGCGAUACGAAGGCAUGCUCAAGGCAAAAACUUUAGUGACUUUAGAGAAGGAAAAACUGGAGCAACGCGUGAAUGAUCUAGAACUGCAGCUUUCUGUCCUGCAGUCGCAGCAGAAGCCUAAGGAACGAAAAACUGAUCAGGGGGUUAAAUCAACUGCAAAGACAGUGCCUGAUGGGGUGGUGACUGGUGCGUCUCUAAAGACCAUUGGUAGUAGCGCAAAGACAACGCAGGGCAUGAUAGCAUCUUCCAUUCCAGGGACUCGCCGUAAUGGUGAGGUGCGCAGCCCAACCGCUUCGGUGGCAAUCCAUGCUAAGCGAGAAACUAUAUCGCCCCCGCGCGAGGGCAAGAACGCAGUGAAAUUCAAGUUGCAUACUCCCACCGAUAGAUCGAAUGGCCCUCCCUCUGCACCCCCUCCGGCUGCGGCUUCGGCUUUUCAGUGGCCGGCAGAUGAGCGUGCGAGGCCGGCGCAGAUGUCCUCGCUACCGCAUUACGCUUGCCUUAGCAGCGCGUCCGCUGCUUCCGGAGAAGCGCAAUUGCAGAAAGAUACUCAGACGGAGGCUUCACAAUGCCCACUUCCACCCUUGGAGUGGACUUGUCAGUCUUCUUUCGUUGCACACACGAUGCCUGUCACAAAUAUAUCCCUCCAUCAGCGCAAACCGGCCGUGGCUAGUUGCAGCGACGACGGCACUUGGAAGCUCUGGACCCUCCCGCAGGGUGAGCUGAUUCUAUCUGGAAGCCAUAAAAAUUGGGUCUCGAGCGUUGCCAUGCAUCCGACCGGUACGAUGGCUGCCACCGGUUCCGGUGAUAAAACGCUGAAGUUGUGGGACUUUGCCACGAAUCGCUGUUCCACGACGCUGGUGGCACACACAGACGGAGUAUGGUGUGUGGACUUCCAGGAGACCGGUCGGCUGUUGGCAAGUGGCGCUCUGGAUUACACGGCGCGGGUUUGGGAUGUUGAGAGGGGGUUAUGUCUUCAUUCCCUACGUGGACAUAUGGACGGGGUCAAUAGCGUGCGGUGGCUGCCGUAUACUAAUCUCCUGUGCACAGGUAGUGGGGAUAAAACCGUUUCGGUGUGGGACGCGAGAAUGAAUUUUUGCGCCAACACGCUCUAUGGGCACCGCAAUGCGGUGCGCUGUGUCGUUCCGUUGGUUGGAGGAAGCAGUUCGGACAGCGACACCGCUCUUGUUUCGUGCGACGCAGAAGGUGUUGUUAAGGUAUGGGAUCUUCGGAGAAUGGAGCCGCGACAGACCGUGAGCUGCGCACCGGGAGCAGCCAAUUGUCUUGCCGUGGAUGGUACAGGGAGGUAUAUCGGUGUUGCGAUGGAUGACGGGAGAAUCCGCAUGCUCCGACUUGCCCUUGGCGGCCAUGAUAAGAGUAGGGAUGAAAGCAGUAACGGUAAGAAUUUAAAUGCACGGGACUUGUUAGGCCAUGAGGGUCCGGUACAAUGCAUUGCGUUUGAUCCUUCAACAAGUGGGUUCUUAGUAAGCUGUGGCUCUGAUGGAACUAUACGUUAUUGGAGUUAA